AUGCAGACGGACAGGAAAACGCAAAUCAUCGACUACGAUGGAAACAUGAUAGAGGAUCUGAAAGAAUGGAUGAUCAGGAAUAAGCUAGCUAACCUCGGGUUCAACUACAACGUGGUGGCAAUAUUGGGGAGCCAGAGCAGUGGGAAAAGUACCCUCCUGAAUAAUUUAUUUAAAACAUCAUUCGAUGUGAUGAACACAAAACUGGGUCAUAGUCAGACAACCCAGGGGUUAUGGUUAAGUUUCGAUACAUUCGAGGAUAGUUCGCUUUCCCCGUUAGAAAAGGGCAGUAAAACCCCCCCAGUGAACCCCACGCUAAUAUUAGACGUUGAGGGAAACGACUCUAAAGAAAGGGGAGACAACCGCCUGACCUUUGAGCACAGAUCGGCGCUGUUCUCCUUGGCCCUGGCGGACUGCCUAAUUGUGAACCUGUGGUACCACUCGUUAGGAAAUUUCACAGCGUCAAAUUAUGGACUAUUAAAAACAGUCAUGGAGGUGAAUUUAGAACUGUUUCAACAGGAUAAAAACUGUCCCAAAACGAUUUUGCUAUUUACGGUGAGAGACUGGUUCGAAGAAUUCGCAUCGAUAGACAUCGUGAAGAAUAAAAUCGUGGAGGAAUAUUUAAACAAAAUAUGGUCUGAAAUGAAAAAACCACCAGGUGCGAAGAAGGCAAAGAUAGAUAAUUACUUCAUCGUCGAAGUGGUAGGAUUAUCUCAUGCAAUUAUUAAAAAAGCAGAAUUUUUAAAUGAUGUAGAAAAUUUAAGGAAAAAAUGGAUAAACCAAUUGAGACCGCUACAAUAUUCGAGGAAUAUUCCGUCAGAUGGUUUCGCGCAUUAUUGCAAUAACAUUUGGAAUACCAUCGUGAAGCAAUCCCAACUGGAUAUUCCCUCGCAGAAGGAAAUGUUAGCUACCUUUCGAUGUCAAGAAAUUAAAAAUAACGUCAUCAGUAACACCUCCAAAAUGAUAAAGGAGAAAUUAGCUGCGUCAUCAUCUGGGCAGCAUAGUAGUGCCUCCAUUGAUGAGUUCAAAUCGUGGGCUGAAAAGGACAUAGUGGAAAAAAGCCUAGAUGAAUAUUUUGUGGAUGCCUCCAGGUAUACAGAAAGCAUAUGUUUAAAGACGUCGGAGGAGUUGUUGGAUAGUCUGUUCAUACAACUACAAACCAUUGUGGAUAACAAUUUAAAUUUUACGCAGAGGGUACUGUCGGCCAAAUUUGCAAACGAGCUCAACACCAUGUAUAGUCUAUGCACGUCCGACAAGAACGUCUUCCUCUUCAGUAAAGAGUCCAAUUUACAAAUACACAAAGAUGGAAAGGGUAGUAAUUCCCCCAAGGGGGAUAACAAGGAUAAAAAUAAUAGCCAAGACAAAUGCAUUCGCUUAUGGUCCAGUUUUCUAUCCAAUGCGGAUACGCUGGAGUACAACACUUUGUGUAACUUCUUCGAGGAUUAUGAAAAAUGCAACAUUGAAAUUAGGAAGAAAAAUAAAAUCCACGAAUUUAACUAUAAACCUUCUCUGAGCAUACUUUCUACAUCUAUUUGUAAAGACAUGAACAGAAUUCGAAAUACACAAUUUACAGUCCUGAUGGAUCGCACCAGGGCCACAAUCAAAAGUAGGUUUAAAAAUAUGGACAACCUACUCAUCACGACGAAGAACCCGGAGGAGUACUGGAAUCACACGCUAAAAAUUGUUAAGGCGCUGCAGGAAAGUAUAAAUGACAACCUAACAAAAUGCUUCAUAAACCUGAAGGGCGGAGGCCUGGGUAGUAGCACCUGUGGCAUUUUUGCAAAUGGAGUGUUAGACCAUGAGGAGGAUAAUACAUUCCACAUGAACAACCCAACGGAGGCACACAAAUCGAAAAACGACAAUCAUGCCAACCAUAAAAACAACAAUUUUGUGGAGGAAAAUCUGCUAAACUACAAAAAAAUAGAUAUAAUUAAGAAGAAAGGCAAAUACGUUAGCACUAUAAUGGAAGAAAUAGACAAACAGAUAAAAAACAAAAAGGCCAUUGCGGAACUGAAUAGCUACUACCUAGACGAAAUAAUGGAGGUGCUUAAAAGUAAGCUAGACGAAAUUUCGGAUAAUUUAGCCUCCAUCAUAAUUCAAAGAUUUGAAUCCGUGUUCAGUUACGAUGACGCUGAACAACCAAGACACUGGCGUGAGAUCUCCAUGGCAGAAUUGAAAAAAAUUUUCAGAGAAUCAAAAAAUUAUGCUUUUCUAAUUAUUGAUAUUUUGCAGAAACAUAUUAAGGUAGAACUGAUUGAUGAUUAUUUACCAAAUAAUUUUAUUAAAGAGGAAAUUAUCGAAAAGGGGAAAAAUAAGGCCAAAAGGAAGAUCCAAGAAAUUUGCAGAGAUGCUCAGUAUAUCCAAGAGACGGGUGGUAAAAUGAGUUUAAAAAAUGUGCCUCUUUUUUUUUGGGUUAUUUUGUUAAUCCUAGGAUGGAACGAGCUUUUGUUUUUCAUUCGCUUCUUUUUCCGCCUGAAUGUUAUUUUGCCUCUGUUCUUCGCCGUCGCCCUCAUUCUGUCGACCCUCUUUUUUAAUGGCAAUAUGGAGGUGCUUUCAACCAUCAACAAGGUGGUUUUCUUUUUGGCCAAGAGUUCGUUUGGCUUUUACAGGCAAUUGCAGGCGAUGGGCGAAAAGGCCGCACAAGGUCCCGCUGCGGACUAA